AUGUCCGGACCAGCAGUAGAGCUCAAACAGCGACGGGUACCAGAAGUCGACAUGAGCACAACAAACAACCACACAGUUCAGCAAGAAGCCAAAGGGCGAACUGUGACGUGUAAAGAGAUUUCUGAAUGGCAAUGGGACAACAAGUUCAUCCUUAGUGGCUAUCGGCCGGAAAAGGGGGAUUACUGGGACAUCUUCGUCAGCCUAACCUUUGUCCAUAACGAAACUUGCAAUAUAUACACGCAUCUGAUCGGUGCUCUGGUUCUUCCAGUUAUCGCAACUGCCACCAUGCGAUACCUUGGUGAGCCUCAGUUCCUCAACGUCAUAGCCAUGGACUACAACAUGUUCGGAUUCUUCUUUUGGUGUGCGGAGAUCUGUCUGAUCCUCAGCACACUUUUCCACCUGAUGCAGAGCCACUCGCAUCGCGUGGAACAGUUCUGGCACGGGAUGGACAUGCUCGGUAUCAUCAUUUGCAUAGUGGGCACAUUCUGCUCCGGCAUCAACUAUAUUUUCUACUGCGAAGAGCCCUUGCAGUACUUGCAUUGGGGCAUUAACUUGACAUUUGGUACUACCUGUGGUGUGCUUAUCUCGAACCCAGAGCUGAAGACACCACGCUGGAGGAGAGUCAAGGUGGGCGCCUUCUUUGCUUUUGGCGCCUCGUCCUUUAUACCUCUGCUGCACGGAGCUCAGCGAUACGGGCUGGAAUAUAUGCUCAAGUACGCGGGAAUGAAGGGGUAUCUAGGAGAAAUUGCUUUCUAUGGUUCCGGAGUGAUGCUAUACGCUUUCCGAAUUCCGGAGCGUUUUGCGCCCGGCAAGUUUGAUCUCUUAUGUAGUUCUCAUCAGCUCUUUCAUGUCGCUAUUUUGGGCGGAAUGUGCUCGCAUCUGGCUGGUUUGCUGCAAGGUUUCACAGCAUCCCACACGCUGGAUGUGUGUGAGAUGAAGGGCAUCGAUCGCGCGAAUUAG